GACAGCCGCAGUUCCAGUCAGUGAUGCGCUGCCGGGGACUUGGAGGCUGCUGCGAGUCGCGACACACAUUCCCACGGAAGGGAGAGCCUGCUGGGCUCUGCCGUGUGCUACAGCAGCUAAGCUACGAAAACCACACACGCUUCGCGUUCCCUAGGAUUGCUAGGAACCUCGCUUAGCUCCAGGCAGCGUGUGUUUGUAUCUUUUUAUGGAUUCAACUUUUACGUUCUCGAGGAUAUAAGGGGGGGUGCCUGAACACUGACGGCAUGGGCCACUUAUUGUCUGGAUAUGCUCUGAAGUGAGAGACGUGAUCAGCAGCCACAGACGUUUCCUCGGACUUGUUGUCUGACUGUGACUCGUGGCAAAGGGCAUGGCAGGUUUCAAAAGGGGAUACGAUGGGAAGAUCGCCGGACUCUAUGACCUUGAUAAAACACUGGGCCGGGGCCACUUUGCUGUGGUCAAGCUGGCCCGUCACGUCUUCACCGGGGAGAAGGUGGCGGUGAAAGUCAUCGACAAGACCAAAUUGGACUCUGUGGCCACGGGGCACCUGUUCCAGGAGGUACGGUGCAUGAAGCUGGUGCAGCACCCUAACAUUGUGCGCCUCUAUGAGGUCAUUGACACUCAGACCAAGCUGUAUCUGAUUCUUGAGCUGGGCGAUGGUGGGGACAUGUUUGACUACAUCAUGAAGCAUGAGGAAGGCCUAAGCGAGGAGGUGGCCAAGAAGUAUUUUGCCCAGAUUGUUCAUGCUAUCUCUUACUGCCACCGGCUCCACGUGGUACACAGGGACCUCAAACCGGAAAAUGUGGUUUUCUUUGAGAAGCAGGGGCUGGUCAAACUGACUGAUUUUGGUUUCAGUAAUAAGUUCCAACCUGGAAAAAAGCUGACCACCAGCUGUGGCUCUCUGGCAUAUUCUGCUCCUGAAAUCCUGCUUGGGGACGAGUAUGAUGCUCCCGCGGUUGACAUUUGGAGUUUAGGAGUCAUCCUUUUUAUGCUGGUUUGUGGUCAGCCUCCUUUCCAAGAAGCCAACGACAGCGAGACCCUCACCAUGAUCAUGGACUGCAAGUACACCGUCCCGACGCACGUCUCCAGAGACUGCAAAGACCUAAUUAACAGGAUGCUGCAAAGAGACCCAAAGAGACGGGCGUCCUUGGAAGAGAUUGAGAAUCAUGCCUGGCUACAAGGGGUCGACCCGUCCCCGGCUACAAAGUACAACAUCCCACUCGUGUCUUAUAAAAAUCUCUCGGAGGAAGAGCAUAAUGGAAUCAUACAGCGCAUGGUCUUGGGAGACAUCGCUGACCGCGAAACGAUUAUUGAGGCUUUGGAAACCAACAAGUACAAUCACAUCACCGCCACUUACUUCCUGCUAGCAGAGAGGAUCUUGAGAGAGAAGCAAGAGAAGGAAAUUCAGAACCGCUCUUCAAGCCCCAGCAAUAUUAAAGCGCAGUUCAGGCAGUCCUGGCCUACGAAGAUCGACAUGCACCAAGACAUCGAGGACAGCCUGGCAGCUUCAUCCAUCUCCCAUCCAGGUGUGCCACAGUCGCCAGCUCGAAGUACUGAGAACCUGCUCAAUGGGCACCGGGCCAAAGGUCUUCUGGAUCUCGGAAGGCGAGACGAACCCCCCGAGCCCUCGCUGUUGUCACUGACCACUCCAGGCAGUUCCUCGCUACUUCCUCCUCCGCUAAGCACGGCAGCCACACUGAAGCCAAGCUCCACUGUGAGCGCGGCUGCUGCCAAGGGCCGGACCUGUCUCUUUCGGGUGGAGGAGGAUGAAGAGGAGGAGGAGGAAGAGCAGUGGUCAUCCCCACUGCCCACUCAGGUUGUCCUCCGUCGCAAGCCCUCCAUCACCAACCGAUUGACGUCUCGCAAGAGCGCCCCGGUGCUGAAUCAGAUUUUCGAGGAAGAAGGGGAAUCGGACGAUGACUUUGACAUGGAAGAGGGUCUGCCCCCCAAGCUGAGCCGCCUGAAAAUGAAUAUUGCUUCGCCAGGCACCGUCCACAAGCGGUACCACCGGCGUAAAAGUCAAGGCCGCGGAUCCAGCUGCAGCAGCUCAGAGACGAGUGAUGAUGACUCGGAGAGUCGCCGCCGCUUGGACAAGGACACGGGCUUCACCUAUUCGUGGAACAGACGGGAUAGUAGUGAAGGCCCACCAGGCAAUUCAGGUGGCAAUGGGGGCAGCGGUGGAGGUGGUGGACAGAGCAGGCCUUCAGGGGAAGGCAACCCCGGGCCGGACAGAGGUAGCCCUUCAGGUGGAGGAGGUGGUGGCGGUGGAGGAGGAGGAGGAGGAGGAGGAGGUGGUGGCGGUGGAGGAGGAGGAGGAGGAGGAGGAGGUGGUGGUGGUGGAGGAGGAGGAGGAGGAGGAGGAGGAAACAAAGGAGAGGGAAGCCCAUCUAGCAGCUCCAGCGGAAGCACCAACAACACCUCGGGCUCCACCCGCAGUUGCUCUCAUUCGUCCCCUAAGACUGCAGGAGAGUUGGUGGAGAGCCUGAAGCUGAUGAGUCUCUGCUUGAGCUCCCAGUUUCAUGUUGGCAACGGUGGGGGGGGUGGAGGGAGCAAGUACAUCAUAGACCCCCAAAACAGCCUGAACUUUUCUAGCGUCAAAGUGCAAGAGAAGUCCACGUGGAAGAUGUGCAUCGGUUCCAACGGCAGCCUGGACAAGAGUUCGCCGUCAAGCGCGGCGGCCGCCCUCAGCGCAGCACUUAGCAGUAAGAAGUCUUACCCUGACCAAACGGCGAUGACCUUCAACGAGCUGGACCUGGCCAAGGAGAACAACAUGAAUCUGAAGAACAAUGUCCUGCAGCUACCUCUGUGUGAAAAGACAAUCUCUGUGAACAUUCAGCGGAACCCGAAAGACGGGCUGCUCUGUACCUCCAAUCAAACCAGCUGCUGCCAAGUGAUUUGACGGUGGCUGUGCCAGCUGUCUGUAGCAUAUCCUUACUUGACGAUACCAUUCUUCCAGUCGAGAACUGUGAAAAAAAACGUCUCGCGAACGCCCUCUUUUCAUUCGUCUUAAGCUUUUUUUUAUGUAAUACGGCUUCAGGAGUUAUUUAUUGGAGAUUUUUAUUUUUGCCAUUUAGAUUGACAAUGCAUGAAGGGCUGCAUGCUGCUCGAUUCCUCUUUGGUUUUCUGCCUCGUUUAACUAACACCUUCCUUCCUUCCCUUUUUCUGUUUUUACGGCCCCCCGAUUUUUUUUUUUUUUUGUCGUUGUGUCAUCUGCUCUCCCCUCUGUGUGUGUGUAUGUGUGUGUGUGUGUUAAUCAUUGGGAAGAGGUGGAAAUGCAAACUUUGGGCUUGCACUUUUUUGACCGAAAACUUAAGAAGUAAAAAAAAAAGUCCUGGGGGGGGCCGAACGCCGACGGCUUCAAAGUGAGCACUUAAGGAGAAAUUAAAUAAAAAGAAGGGUCAAAAAAGAGCGCGGCCCUCCACACUCUGUGGGGUGUAAGGGUUAAGCGGAAGAGUUGUGUCCGACGGAGAACCAAAGCAAUAACGACGUAACCACGAAGGAAGCUCUUGGGCUCUUUUCUGGUAUUCCACGGCAUUUUUUGGUUUUUGUUUUUUAUUAUUAUUAUUAUUUUUUUUUUUUUUUUUUUUUUUUUUUACAAAUGCACUGAAUCUUAACGUAUGUCGAGUUCCCACACUGACAAGUCUUAAAUUAACCACGACCAAUGGGAAACCCCCGUCCUGACGAAAAGGGUAACAAAAUCAUAGGGUGAGUCGAAAAACGUAAGAAAAGAAAUCGAUGACACUGGAUGACAGCGGACGAGUCGAACGAAAAGAGACGCUCCGUAACAAAAUUGCACACAGACAAUCUUUUCUAUCCUCAUCGCCGUUUGGCUUUUUAGUCAGAGAGCAAAUAAAGAUACCGCUUUUAUUUUUUCUAGUGUUUAUUAUCCUUUUUAUACAUUUGAAACGGUGGGGAAGGGAUGUGGCACAAAUCUUUGUGUGCUCAUGGCUGUUUUUUUUUUUUUUGGUUUUUAUUCCCCUGCGCCUCGCACCUUUGCUCAAAAACAUGACACCCGUUUACGUUUUCCGAAACUAAAUUGGAAAUUCCAUCUGGACUUUUUAAGCCCCACCCCCCGAAGCUCUCCAGAGCUUCUCAUAAAUUGUCGAAGUGUCACAAACGACACUUACUCAAAUGUGAUAAGUGACGGAUUUCUGCCCAGUUACUAUAAAAGUCGCAUCUUUGCCACUUACCACCUGCCAGGUAAAGCGGUGCUUCAGAAUGCCUACCAAGAAAACCCUGAAAGUGCGCCACGUGUUUGAUCCAAAUAAGCCCCUCCCCUUCCAGUCCAGACGCUUUGCUGAUUUUACGUUCAAUUCCCCCCCACCCCCAAUUUUGAGGACCAUCCAGUCAGAAAGUGUUGGGACAUUUGUGAGGGGCGGGCAGGAGUGGGAUUUCUUUUUGUUUUUUUGCCUCAUUGUUGUCAUUGUUUAAAAAAGAAA